AUGCCUUUAAUGCGUAUCGGAACAGGACCUAGAUGUAAACCAUCCAGGGAAGCGACAUCACAGAUGCAGGAGAAAGAGAAAAAGGAUGAAUUUGAUGCGAUUCUCAAAGAAAAUCCAGAUUCACUUGUGAUAAUCGACUUCUAUGCAACAUGGUGCGGUCCAUGCAAAAUUAUGGGACCGAAGUUUGCGAAACUUUCCAACGAAUAUACGUCGGUGGUAUUUGUUAAAGUUGACGUCGAUGAAAGCGAGGACAUAGUGUCUCGUUUCGACAUCAAAGUCAUGCCAACAUUUGUCUUCAUGCGCAAAGGUGCUCAAAUUGACCUAGUCGAAGGCAGUGUAGAGGACGAUCUACGCAAAAAAAUCGAACAACAUAAUUUUUUGCGUCACACUUCAUGUGGACUACCCCGUAUAGGUUUAUUUUCAAACAUACAUUUAAAAGAAAGAAUCAAUGAAAAUUUUAUUAACACAAAAUUUGCACUGUUGUCGUUGUAG